AUGGCGACCGCGGCGCAGAAGCGCGUCAACCUAGUGGUCUCCAGGAUCAUCCCGCCCGUGCUGCUCGGCCUGUUCAUCUACGCUUCUUACGCCAUUACGAAGACCUUAUGCAUUGACUAUCUCAUCCAUCCUCUACAUUCCUACCAUCACAAGCCUCGAGUCGGCGCUGGCGCCGUGAUCCUCGCCCUUUAUUAUCUCCUUUUAAUCGUCGUCGUCUCAACAUACAUUCGACUCCUUUAUAAUGUCUUGGUCAAUCCAGGCUACCUCCCGCUCGGGGCCGAACGAGUGCGCGCCGAGGCCAAAUUAACAGAGUCCGGCCACAAGCAUGGAAAGCGCCGGCGGCGCAAGAGCGGCUCGCGAGCGAGAGAUGCGGAGAAGAAUAACCAACCAGAUGCAAAUGCAGACGUGGAUCUGGAACGUGGCAUCAACAAUCACGCGGGAGGCAAGGCAUACCAGCUCGAUUCUCUAGGAUUGGAGAGCUUCUAUACAAAAGACGUUUUUAUCUGUCAGGAAGAUGGUCGACCACCAUAUUGUUCAUCCUGCUGCCAGUUCAAGACUGAUCGAGCGCACCACUGUCGAGAGGUAGAUCGAUGUGUGCGCAAGAUGGAUCAUUUCUGUCCUUGGGUGGGAGGCGUGGUGUCUGAAACAUCCUUCAAAUUCUUUAUCCAAUUCGUCGUGUACACUGCCAUCUUUUGUGGAUAUCUCCUGAUCGUCUCUGCAUAUUACACGGCAGAGAUCCGGCGCAACACUGGAGGCGCCAAUCCUAACUGGGCGGUUUGCAUUGGACUGAGCGGCCUCUUUGGUUUCUUCUCCGUGGGGAUGACCCUCAGCUCCAUCCAAAUGGCCAUGCUGAAUCUGACCACCAUUGAAAACCUGAACCGCCAUUCUGUCGUCUGGACCCUCGCCAUCAGAGUCCCAGACUACCUUCUGGACCGACUAUGGGCCACCGACUCCCCAUGGGCACCCACCUUCCGCAUGGUGUCCUACCCACUCCAACCACCCACAUCACCCGACCAACCCCAAACGACCAACCCAUCAACAGACGAGCGCCACGUCUUCGCCAUCCUCCACACCCUCCCAGGCGAAAACCCCUUCAGCCUUGGCAGCAACCUCAAGAACCUGCAACAGGUCAUGGGAUAUAGCAUCAGCGACUGGCUCCUCCCACUCAAACACAGCCCGUGUGCCGACCACAGCAGCUCAGAGAGCGCUUUUGCCUUAGGGCCCGUCGUGACUCGACUAAAGCAGGAAGCCGGAUUGAUUCCAGCCCCCGCGCCAGAAUCCGGGAAUGGGGCGGCCCAAUCUGCGCCUGCGAGGCGGGGUCGCCGCGGUAAAGAUAGAACGUGA